AUGACGAAUUGCAAGCAGAGGACAUCGGCAUUCCUCCUGCUGGCAUUGGCCUUAAAGAUGCACGAGCUUGCAGCACUGGAGGCGGAAGCAGAGGCGCUGGCUUUGCAGGAACAGAAUCAGUCAGGCAGCCGCAAUACAGACGCUGGAGUGGAUCUCAGCCGCUACUCGGUGUCCUUGGCGGAUGAUUCACGCUCUGCAGAUAGGGCCAUGGCACAGGCGCACCAGUGGGCGGAGCAGGUUUCCUCGGGGGCUUCGGCGAUGCAGAGUGCGCUGGACAGCUAUGAGCCCGGCGCUCGGCCGUUCUCACCCCCGCCCGGCUCGGCGCCUCUCCAGCGCUUCUCGCCCAUCGGGGAGUUUGUGGAGCCGCCAGAGUUUCAGGGGCUGCUGUACUAUGACGGCCUGGAUUCGCUGGGCCGCCCAGUGGUGGUCAUAAACGCGGAUGCUGUGGCUGAGGAGAAACCUGCGCGCAAGGCUGCCUUUAACUACCUGCUGCACCAGCUGGAGCCUGUUGUCAGCCAGGGGCCGUACGUGCUGGUCAUGGUGAACACGGGGCGCAGCCACAAGAGCAACCGCCUGCAGGCCAGCUGGCUUGUGUCGGCCUACCGCGGCCUGUCGAGGCCCUUCCGCAAGAAUGUCAAGUUCAUCAUCCUCGUGAGGCCCAGCAAGCCGCUCAAGGCCUUUCUGACAAUGCUGCGCCCCUUCCUCUCGCGCAAAGCUCACCGCAAGGUCAUCAAGGUGGAAAGUCUGUCAGGCAUUGCAGAAGCCACAGGCAACGAGGUGGCGCUGCAGCAUCUAGGCGCCCGGUUCGCUGCUGCCGCCGGCCGCUCAGUCUCAGACGACCUGUCACUGACUUCGCCCACACUGCGGGGCGGGUCAAGUCCAAUGUUCUCUGCUUCGCCACACUGA